GACAUGCAAAAGCCUCGAUUCGCGAUUGUGCUCCUCUUGCUAGCUGGGAUCCAUCUGAUCCUGGAAUCCUCUUUCGUAAAAGCAGCAGCUCCACGGAAACCGGACAGUCGGAUUGUCAACGGACGUGAAGCCGCCGAGGGCGAAUUUCCAUACCAACUGUCGCUGCGCCGGCAAACAGUUCACAUUUGCGGUGCCUCGAUCCUGGCCAGCAAUUGGGCCAUUACGGCGGCCCAUUGCAUCGACGGGCAUGAAAGACAGCCGCGGGAGUUCACCCUUCGUCAGGGGAGCAUUAUGCGUUCCACAGGCGGAAGCGUCCAGCCGGUAAAGGCCAUCCACAAACAUCCGGCCUACGAUCGGGCGGACAUGAAUUUUGACGUGGCCCUUUUAAAAACGGCAGACAGAGCACUCAGCUCUCCACUUGGCAAAGUGGCACCCAUAAGGUUACCCGCCGUGGGUGAGGCAAUCUUGGACAGCGUCCCAGCCGUCGUUUCCGGUUGGGGGCACAUGAGCACAUCUAAUCCCGUCCUAUCCCCGGUACUCAAGAGCACCACAGUCCUUACGGUCAACCAAGAGAAGUGCCACAACGAUCUGCGACAUCAUGGAGGCGUCACCGAAGCAAUGUUUUGUGCGGCAGCCAGAAACACAGACGCGUGUCAAGGUGACAGCGGAGGUCCAAUUAGCGCUCAAGGAACCCUUAUCGGAAUUGUGUCCUGGGGAGUUGGUUGUGCGGAUCCCUACUACCCGGGAGUCUACACUCGCCUGGCCCAUCCCACAAUUCGACGUUGGAUACGCCUGCUAACAAAGUUGUAGAAGUAUAGUUAACUAAAUUGAACCAAUAUAUGAAAAAAUUACUGCAUAAAUUUGUUGACCUAUUCCAAUUAAUAUUUUUUUGUGUAAUUUUCCUUUAUGUUUUAGUGCAUAAUGGGUGUAGGGGAUGUGUUGUAAAAAAAAUUAUAUUUGUAAUACU